UCACUCAGAGGGUUCCUGGGAACGAGAUCCGGAGAGGCGGCCAGGGGAGGGGGCGAGGCUUUCUAAGGUGGAGGUGGGGUGGGGGCGUGUCUGCCCCCCCCCUCCACGCCGAAGACCUCAAAGACCAGAGGAGUGGGCGCUGCCACCUCGCGGAAGGGCCCCCAGCUCACUUAUUUCCCGAGUUGAGGCGCGGGGGCGGGGAGGGUGCCUAUCCUCCCAGGAUCUGGAUUCCGCCUUCGAAGCGACGUGCGGCUCUGCGACCAGUCCCGCCCCCCGCCCCCCGCCCGCCCCUCCGGCCGCCUCUGCCGCCGCGAGCCGCAGCAGCGCCGCCUUCCCUGCGCAGUCGGUGUCUCCGCGUCGCUGGGUGGGACUUGGCUCAGUGGCCAUGGGCAAGCAGAACAGCAAGCUGCGGCCUGAGAUGCUGCAGGACCUGCGGGAAAACACGGAAUUUUCAGAGCUGGAGCUGCAGGAGUGGUACAAAGGCUUCCUCAAGGACUGCCCCACGGGCAUCCUCAACGUGGAUGAGUUCAAGAAAAUCUAUGCCAACUUCUUCCCCUAUGGUGAUGCCUCCAAGUUCGCCGAGCACGUCUUCCGCACCUUUGACACAAACAGCGAUGGCACCAUCGAUUUCCGGGAGUUCAUCAUUGCGCUAAGCGUGACCUCGAGAGGCCGCCUGGAGCAGAAGCUCAUGUGGGCCUUCAGCAUGUACGACCUGGAUGGCAAUGGUUACAUCAGCCGCGAGGAGAUGCUCGAGAUUGUGCAGGCCAUUUACAAGAUGGUUUCCUCCGUGAUGAAGAUGCCGGAGGACGAGUCGACCCCAGAAAAGAGAACCGAGAAAAUCUUCCGCCAAAUGGACACAAACAACGACGGAAAGCUGUCCCUGGAGGAGUUCAUCCGCGGGGCCAAAAGCGACCCGUCCAUCGUGCGUCUGCUGCAGUGCGACCCCAGCAGCGCCUCCCAAUUUUGAGCGAGAGGAGCCAGGUUCCACCUCCUCCCUGCCUUCACUGGCCCCCUCCCGGCUCUCAGCUUCCUCUCCCCUUGUGUCCGUCCAGGCUGGGGGUCAGACUGCCCCCCGCCCCGGGUCUGCACUCUAGGGGGGGGCUAUGGAGUAGGGUACCCUGCAGGUCCCCAAGGCCCAAGCAAGCCAGCGGUUAGUGUCCUGCAGUCCAAGAGGCGGUAUCUCCCUCCCUUUGGCAAGGAUGGAGACACAGGCUCCGGCUUGGUGUUCCCCUCAGUCAGCCCUCGCUUACCCAGACAGAACUACAGCCAUCCCUCCCCCGACCCUCAGCCCAGACUCCCCUCCCCAGCCACGGAGCCAACUCCCCUGCCCUGCCCUGGUUAUCUCAGCCUGGGUGGAGGGGGAAUCAGGCCCUGGUGGGGGGUUGUCUUUUUAUUUGGAGUGGAGAGAAAGAUUCCCUGGUGUGGGGGUUUGAGGAAAAGCUUCCUUGAGCCAUCCUCAACCUUCCCUGCUCCAAAGCACUUGUUGGCAUCGAGGCCAUGAUGCAAAAGGAAAACCUCCUGAU